AUGCCCAGCUCGCUGUUUGCAGACCUGGAGCGCAACGGCAGCGGCGGCGGAGGGGGAGGCGGCGGCGGGGGAGGCGGCGGCGGCGGCGGCGGGGAGACCCUGGACGACCAGCGAGCCCUGCAGCUCGCGCUGGACCAGCUCUCCCUACUGGGGCUGGACAGUGACGAGGGCGCGCCUCUGUACGACAGCGAGCCGCGCAAGAAGAGCGUGAACAUGACCGAGUGCGUGCCGGUGCCCAGUUCCGAGCACGUCGCCGAGAUCGUGGGGCGGCAAGGUUGUAAAAUCAAAGCGCUGCGGGCCAAGACCAACACUUACAUCAAGACCCCAGUGCGCGGGGAGGAGCCUGUCUUUGUUGUGACGGGCAGGAAGGAGGAUGUGGCCAUGGCCCGCAGAGAGAUCAUCUCCGCGGCCGAGCACUUCUCCAUGAUCCGCGCCUCGCGCAACAAGAACACGGCGCUCAACGGCGCGGUGCCGGGGCCGCCCAACCUGCCGGGCCAGACCACCAUCCAGGUGCGGGUGCCCUACCGCGUGGUGGGGCUGGUGGUGGGGCCCAAGGGCGCCACGAUCAAGCGCAUCCAGCAGCAGACGCACACGUACAUCGUGACGCCCAGCCGCGACAAGGAGCCGGUGUUCGAGGUGACCGGCAUGCCGGAGAACGUGGACCGCGCCCGCGAGGAGAUCGAGGCGCACAUCGCGCUGCGCACCGGCGGCAUCAUCGAGCUCACGGACGAGAACGACUUCCACGCCAACGGCACGGACGUGGGCUUCGACCUCCACCACGGGUCCGGCGGGUCCGGCCCGGGCAGCCUGUGGAGCAAGCCGACGCCCAGCAUCACGCCCACGCCCGGCCGCAAGCCCUUCUCCAGCUACCGCAACGACAGCUCCAGCUCGCUGGGCAGCGCCUCCACGGACUCCUACUUCGGGGGCGGCGGCGGCGGCGGGACCGGAGGCGGCAGCGCGGGCGCCACCCCGCGCCUGGCUGACUACAGCCCCCCCAGCCCCGCGCUCAGCUUCGCGCACAACGGCAACAACAACAACAACGGCAACGGGUACACCUACGCGGCCGGGGAGGCCUCCGUGCCGUCGCCCGACGGCUGUCCCGCCGAGCUGCAGCCCGCCUUCGACCCGGCGCCCGCGCCCCCGCCCGGGGCGCCCCUCCUCUGGGCCCAGUUCGAGCGCUCCCCGGGCGGCGGCCCCGCGGCGGCGGCGGCGGCGGCGCCCGUGUCCUCCUCCUGCUCGUCCUCGGCCUCCUCUUCGUCCGCUUCCUCGUCGUCCGUGGUCUUCCCCGGGGCGGGCGCCGGCGCCGGCGCGCCCUCCAACGCCAACCUGGGGCUGCUGGUGCACCGCCGGCUGCACCCGGGCGCCAGCUGCCCGCGCCUGUCUCCGCCCCUGCACAUGGCGCCGGGGGCCGGCGAGCACCACCUGGCCCGCCGGGUGCGCAGCGACCCGGGCGGGGGCGGCCUGACCUACGCCGCCUACGCCAACGGGCUCGGGGCGCCGCUGCCCGGCCUGCAGCCGGCGGACACGUCGGGCUCGUCGUCGUCGUCCAGCUCCUCGUCCAGCUCGUCGUCGUCGUCGUCCUCUGGGGGGCUGCGGCGCAAGGGCAGCCGCGACUGCUCCGUGUGCUUCGAGAGCGAGGUGAUCGCCGCGCUGGUGCCCUGCGGCCACAACCUCUUCUGCAUGGAGUGCGCCAACCGCAUCUGCGAGAAGAGCCAGCCCGAGUGCCCGGUCUGCCACGCCGCGGUCACUCAGGCCAUCCGCAUCUUCUCCUGAGAGCGGCGCGCCCCCUUCCCCCGGCCUGGCCCUGCGCGCCCCCCGCAGCGCGCACCGCAGGGCAGCCGCAGCCCCCAGCGCCCUGCCGGGUCCCCGCACACUCUGCGAUCCGAGAGAGAGAGGGGAGCUGGGGAAGCUGUGGUGUCUGCUCGCUCUCUCUCUCUCUCUUUUUUAAAAUCGGAUUUAAAAAAAAAAACAAACCACAGAGGAACUUGCCAGGAUGAUGCGCGUCGGGUGCUGUCCCCUGGGAAACUCGCGAACCACCUGCCAUGCAUGCUCUAUAAAUAAUAGGAACAGCGACAAGCUAGCGAUGAUAGUUGUUACACUGUACCCGAGGGGGAGCUUCCGACCGAAGGAAACCCCGCAAGUUCUCCGCUUGCCUAGAGUAGGAAGAAAGGACCACUGCGGGGGAGGCCAGGCUGGCGACGGCGACCCCCGGCGCCCCCAGGUGCGCGCGGACCAGGGAGCGCGCGCCCCCCGCGGCCGGGCUCCCACGGCGCUAACUGCAGAACACGGCGGAUCCUCUCUGAGUGGCCGUGGACGGGCCAAGAGUCCCUGUGAAACCAGGAUACUGCAGCUUUAUUAAAGUUAAAAAGAAACUGUAACAUAUCUCUUAUAUAUUAAAAAAAAAAAACCUUUAAAAGUUUUAAAGAGAAAUUGCAUUAAUUAAUACAGAUUGAAGUAUUUUAUUCUUUUUUGACUUGAAAAAUUAUAUUUCAUAUUGCAAAGAUGUUUACAAGUAUUUUAAUUUAAGUUCAGUGAACUUUUUUGUAGCUGGGUUAAAUCUUUUUAUUUUAGUAUGGCCUUAUGGCAAAGAGCACUGUAUUAUUUUAAUAAUCACACAAUUGUGACGGAAUUACAAAACCAUACAAUGUGUAAUGUUUUGAACAGUAUUUUGUUGGGAUGGAGAUUUUAUAGGUUCAGACAAAUCUUCUAGGUCUGCUUCACCCAGCAUAUUUUCUAUUCAGUGAUAUAAAGCAUAUUUUAUUCUAUAUUAUUACAAAAAAAGUAAAUGUAUAAACAUUGUCAAAAAGGAACCCGUUGAUGCUUUCUAACAUUUGUAUAAAUGGAAUUCAGUGCAAGUUACAAAAAUUCUGUUGCACCACUAUAGUUUUAGUAUUUCUAUUUUAAUACAUUUGUUUACCACUUGUUUAUGUAUAUGUAGGUGACGUUACUUGAGCUUAAAUGUACUUACUGAGCAAAGUUUAAAAAAAAACAAAGUAUAUUUUAUUUUAUGAUAAAGGGCCUUUAACCUCAUGGUCAAAUACUAAUAUUAUAUUUGCUGAGACAAGAUUUGAAAUUGUAUCAAGAGUUUUAUU